AUGGCAUUGAUGCAUCCUUGUCUGUUGAUACUCGUGGCCCUGCCGGUCACUUUUUCUAAAUGGGAAGACUACAUCACCGGCAAAGGCGGUAUUAAAUGGCUGCCUAACUGUGAAUUUCCAGGUUUCGAUAUCGUCCAGAAAGAAAUGACGCAGGAAAAAUGCGGUCAGUUUUGCAUAGCCACCACUCACACCAACGGAUGUAAUGCCUUUAGCUGGCAGAGCGGAUGGUGUUACUUAAAGAAAAUACCGGGCCAUUCGCUUAGUCGCCAACCGACAACCCGGGGCAGUUGUGGAGUCCUUCCUUGGGAAUUCGAGGAUGGAGACCCAUUGGACACAGGCCAAGAUUCGUCUGGAAUCAAAUCGAACAUUACCGAUCAGCCGAGGCAGAUCCAAUGUGCGUACAUCAAGAACGUUGGUUUCGAUGAGUAUCUCUUUGCUGCUGACGACACUUAUGACGAAAAUAGCCGCCCUGUUUUUACGUGGAGAAGCAAGAGAGAAGGUCAUCCUCGGGAUUGGAGUUCCACACAAGGAUUAUGGAUCCUAGAAGAAGGAAGCCCAAAAAAUGUGUACUCUAUUAAAAAUGCCUAUCGUCAAGAAUUGCUCUAUGCUUCUGAUUGCCGUUUCGCGCAAUAUGAACGUCAAGUGUUCACCUGGAGGAAUCCAACUCGGUACGAUCACGGUCAUCUCCAUUGGCAACUGGAGGCUGCGUCUGUUAACACUUUCUACAUCAAAAAUCGAAUGUUUGACGAGUACCUCUACGCGGUUGAAGAUGCUUUGAGUUUCGAUCCAGUUCGACGGAAAGUACACACCUGGACUCAAUCACGAGACGUUAGCGCCUGGGCCGGAGUAGGCAGUUGGGUAGUGGAAACAACUAUGUGUCCAAAUUGACUUGCGAUUCCCAAUUUCUUUGUAUUGUUGUGUUCCAUAAAUGACGAUUCUUUUAAUCUCUUA